GUGUAGUGCUCUACACUGACUUUCACUGGUCGAUAAUACAAGUUGGAGACUUUUCUUUUCAGAAAGUAUUUUCUUUAUUCCGAACAUCUGUAAAUAAAUGAUGACAGGAAUAAAGGUUGUAAACAUUUAAGUCAUGUUCAUAGUGUAUUAAGUGUGAUACGUGCAUCACGUGCUGCAUCAAUCUGUUAGUGAACCAGCUUAAUAAUUAUGCGUAGUAGACGACUGACACCAAAUCAUAAUGGUGUGUGACAGAAGAAUAUAAGAAAUGAUAUGUUACCUAGUAAAACAAAAAUAGUGGGCAUAUCUAUUCAUCUUGGAGGCUGGAAUCCCUUGUCUCUUAAGACUGCCGGCGCGCCUAUUUAAGUGCUGGAACUCCUGGUCAGUUUGUCCGUAUUAUGGGUCUUGGUUAUUACUAAUGCCUCGGAAGAAGUCUAUUCAGACGAACAAUGCAGGAUGCGUAUUUUGUGAUAAAAACGAUCAGCAUCCACUUUUAGGACCUGUGGUUGAAAAAAAUGGGUUGAAGAUGCACACGAACUGCCUUGUAAGUUUUUGCAUGCGGAAUAUUUCACUUUCGUAGUUUGCUGCCAGCGGCUUAUCUCAAACGAUUGAUGAAGAUGAUUCAUCAGAUGAUCAUAUAAUUGGAUUUUCUAUUUCAUCGAUACAUAAGGAAAUUAGACGAGGUCGAAGUCUUAGGUGCUCAGUUUGUCGUUUCCAUGGAGCUUGUGUUGGAUGUACUGUUAAUACUUGCCAGACUACUUUCCAUCUUCCUUGUUUGAUCAACGCACAGGGAAUGACGAUAUUUGAAGGCAACUUUGCUUCUUUUUGUCGGCGUCAUGCCCCCAGACAGGAUUUGGACAACUGGCUAGCACAAUGCAAAGAACCUCCUUCAUGUUGUAUCUGCUUGUUUUCAAUUAUUCCGGAUAAGGAUUUUGAGGCUAACCAUGUGCCAAAGACAAAACAGAAGGUUGUAUCUAGUGUUGCUUCUACUCACACUAUCACUACUGUUACUACUACAGCAAAUAAUACCCCAAUUAGCGGCGAAAUAAAACGUACAAGGCGAUCCAGCAUAGCUCCCUCUACACCUAAACGUAUAACAGUCUCAACUGGAAUGUCUGUUAAAAAGAGAUUUUCUCAAUCCGACAGAUCCACUUGGGAGUUAGCUAGCUCAUCAUCAGAACCUGAAGACCAAAAUCCUGUGGAGAAACCAGAACAGUCACAUGUGAGACGCGUUCCACUACCACAAUCAAUAUCCCAUAUUCCUGGUUGGUUGGCUGAAUAUUUUUUGAAUCUUGCUCCGGAGAAAAGGCUUCCAGUGUAUGAAGCGUGGAAACACCAUACUAUCCAUGGGUUCUGUUGUCCGCUAGCAUGGAUGCAUAGAGAAUGUAUUGCAGGUUUUGCUGUAUCUGCCGCACUACACUACUUGAAAUGUCCCUACUGUGCGAACAGAGAAACAUUCAUCAAGUCUAUCAUCAGCGCCGGUAUAUGGGUUCCUGACCAGGAUGCAGCGUGGGAACUCGAACCAGGAGCGUAUGCAGACCUAGUCCCUGUUAGCGAAUGUUCCUCCGGUGCCAAUGAAGAUUCACAAAGCACUACUAUAGUAGUAGUACUAGUAGCAGUAGUACGACUACAAGUUAUUCAGAAGGUCACCGUGAACGCAAUGGGUUGGUUCAAGAAGAGGAAUUAGAAGCAGAGAAACAAGACUCACGAACUGUAAAUUUAGACAAUGGAUAUCGGUCGUCAGUUGGAUCAUCGUCUACAGAUCAAGAGAAUUUACCACUUCUUACCCUUGUAUGGAAUAACCAGAAUUUCAGGAAACGCCGUCGGCGGAGACAACCAACUAGACGUCAGACACAGAUAACCCGAACUAUUCCAGACACACCUAGACCAACCCGUAUCUAUCGUAGGCAGACGUCCAUGACAACACGAAGCACUCGAGAUGAUCACUCGCCAAAUACUACUAAUGAAAAUAGACUACGUCAAGUAACUUUAGGGUCUUUCCUUUCUGUUAAGACUGAAACUUCCCGGUAAACUAUUUCCCUUUUUUUUAUUACCACUUAUUUUUACUACUUUCCAAAUCACUAACAUUUAAAAAUUGAAGAUUGCAUUUGUAUAUAUAUAUACGCAUAUAAAUAACAAUAAUCAUGUUAUUCUUCCGAAUAGUUUUCACUUCCCCUAGUACAAAGAUCAGCAUUUAUGUAAGAUACAAUGCUUAUAUGUAUUUGAAAUGAUUACAAAUGACUAGAUUGUCAUUAUGCUGUGUAAUAGAUGUUAGAAAGAGUUAUACACGAAUGAAUUAUGUUCAGUAAGUUGCUUCAUUUUCUUAUUACAAGUGUAAGUUUUACUGGAUAUAAUUUAUGUUUUGAAUGUCGUUGAGUUAUUCCUCGUCGCCCAGACGGCGGUUUGCAUUCACCAAUCACUUUACCAGUUAUAUAUAUAUAUAUAUAUCACUAUUAUAAAUAAUCGGAGCAAA